AUGGAAGAAAACGCGUCGUGGGCUUUGGAUUCCAACACAAGAAUUCAACAUCAGGGCUCUGGUGACAGGAGAAGCAACUACCAGAUCUCAGCCUCACGAAAGAUCAAUCAUCCCCAGAUGGAGCUGAAGAAGAAGCUGUUCAAGCGCCGGAGGGUGCUGAGCCGGGAUCCGGGGCUGAAGCACCAGGUGGUUGGGGCCAUGGUAGAUGAAAGGCUGAUUACCAGUCAGUACCUCAAGAAGCGGGGAUCCAGUGCACGUGCCAACAUUACUCUGUCCGGGAAGAAGCGAAGAAAACUCCUGCAGCAGAUCCGUCUUGCCCAGAGAAAGGCAGCCAUGGAAGCAGAGGCCCCCUCAAAGCCAACCAGGACUAGUGAACCAUAGCCCAAAAGACAGAAGAAGAUAAAAGCUCCCCAGGAUGUAGAUAUGGAAGACCUUGAAGAUGCAAGCUAA